AUGGCGGAUGGAGAGCGCUCCCCUCUGCUCUCGGAUCUCGGGGAUGGAGGGGGUAUGGGCGCUGCAGUGGGCCCCGGAGCACCUUCACCAGGUAGUGCUCUUCCCUCAGCUCCUCCGUACGGGGUACCCGGACCCACCCCCAGCAACAAGCCGCAAGGAUUUCCUGUGUUCCCAGCAGGUCAUGUGUUACCUAGUGAGGACCCUCCACCUUAUUCACCGCUGACAAGUCCUGAAAGUGGCUCUGCUCCUAUGAUAACAUGUAGGGUUUGCCAGUCACUCAUCAAUGUGGAAGGCAAAAUGCAUCAGCAUGUAGUGAAAUGUGGGGUCUGCAAUGAGGCCACGCCCAUAAAGAAUGCCCCCCAGGGGAAGAAGUAUGUUCGUUGUCCAUGCAACUGCCUGCUCAUUUGUAAAGUCACCUCCCAGAGGAUAGCCUGCCCUAGGCCAUACUGUAAACGAAUCAUUAACCUUGGCCCAGUUCAUGCUGGACCCCUCAGCCCAGAGCCACAGCCUGUCGGAGUACGAGUCAUCUGUGGACACUGCAAGAACAAUUUUCUGUGGACAGAUUUUUCAGACCGGACGCUGGCGCGCUGCCCGCACUGCCGGAAAGUCUCCUCUAUUGGACUGAGGUACCCACGAAGGAGAUGUGUGUGCUGCUUCUUAAUGGGAUUUGUCUUUGCUUUGGCUGCCGCUGGACUUGUGGCGGGUACUUGGACGUUGGCACGCAAAUAUGGUGGAAUCUAUGCCUCUUGGGCGCUGUUGCUGCUGUUGGUAUUGAUAUGCAUUGGGCGUGCCAUUUAUUGGGCAUGCAUGAGAGUCAGUCACCCCAUCCAGAGCUUCUCAUGA